AUGGCGGGGGCCGGGGCAGGCUCCGGGAGGGGGCAGCUCUUCCUGCGCUCCCUCCUCUUCCUCCUGCUGGCCGGGUCCCCGGCGGGUGGGCAGCUGCGCUACGCCGUGCCGGAGGAGCUGGAGCACGGAGCCUUCGUGGCCAACCUGGGCGAGGACCUGGGGCUGGACGUGUCCACCCUGUCGGCGCGGCGGUUCCGCAUCGUGUCACGGGCCGGGGCCAGGCAGCACCUGGAGGUGAACCUGGAGAACGGGAUUCUCUUUGUGAACGAGCGGAUCGACCGGGAGGAGGUGUGCGAGGCCGGGGGGACCUGCCUGCUCCAUCUGCAGCUCCUCGUCGAGAGCCCGCUGGAGCUCUACCGCGUCGAGGUGGAGGUGCUGGACAUCAACGACCAUGCGCCCACCUUCCCGUGGCAGGAGUAUGUGCUGGAGGUGGCCGAGUCCGCCGUCCUCGGCACCCGCUUCCCCCUGGAGAGCGCCCAGGAUCCUGACGUGGGUACCAACUCGGUGCACACCUACCGGCUCAGCCCCAACGGUUUCUUUUCGCUCGAGGUGCAGACGCGCAGUGACGCCAGCAAGUUUGCAGAGCUGGUGCUGGAGCGCGCCCUGGACCGGGAGCAGCAACGCGUGCACCGGGUGCUGCUCACCGCUCUUGACGGCGGUGUCCCCGAGCGCUCGGGCACAGCUCACAUCCUCGUCACGGUGCUGGAUGCGAACGACAACGUGCCCGCCUUUGACCAGCCCUCUUAUGGCGUGAGCCUUCCUGAAGAUGCCCCUGCCGGCACCUUGGUCAUCCAGCUCAACGCCACUGACCUGGAUGAGGGCCCCAAUGGGGAGAUUGAGUACUCCUUCAGUGGACACGCACCACCACGCGUCCGGGAGCUCUUCCACAUAGAACCCCGGAGUGGGCAGGUGCUGCUGAAGGGCCCUCUGGACUAUGAGAAAGCAAGCCUCCACGAGCUCUAUGUGCAAGCCAAGGACCGUGGACCCUCGGCUGUGGCCGUGCACUGCCGGGUGCUCGUGCACCUCCUCGAUGUGAAUGACAAUGCACCAGAGGUGACCCUCACCUCUGUGUCCACACCCGUGCUGGAGGAUGCCCCACCAGGCACCGUCAUCGCUGUCAUCAGUGUUCUGGACCGGGACUCUGGGGACAAUGGACGUGUGAGCUGCGAGGUCGGCCCCGAUGUGCCCUUUGAGCUCCGCUCCUCCUUCCGCAACUACUACACGCUAGUGACCACGCAAGCGCUGGACCGGGAGGUUGUGUCCGAGUACAACGUAAGCAUCACAGCGCGGGACAUGGGCUCCCCUGCCCUGCUGACCCGCAGCACCCUCACUGUCCCGGUGUCCGAUGUGAAUGACAACGCCCCACGCUUCCUCCAGCCCUCCUACAGCGUCUACGUGAUGGAGAACAACGCGCCAGGUGCCUCCAUCUGCUCUGUCAGCGCGUUGGACCCCGACUGCCAACAAAACGCCUACUUGUCCUACUCCAUUGCUGAGGGGCACAUCCACGGCAUGCCGGUGGGCACCUACGUGUCCAUCAACUCGGACAGCGGGCACAUGUAUGCCCUGCGCUCCCUCGAUUACGAGCAGAUCCGCAGCUUCCAGAUCCAGGUGCAAGCACAGGAUGCGGGUUUCCCGCCACUCAGCGCCAACGUCACCGUCCACAUCUUUGUGCUGGACCAGAAUGACAACGCUCCGGUCAUCGUUUCCCCCAUGCCGCGCAAUGGCUCUGUGGCCACCGAGUUGGUGCCGCGAUCGGCCGGGCCUGGCUACCUGGUGGGCACGGUGUCGGCAGUGGACGCGGAUGCGGGGUUGAACUCCCGCCUUUCCUACCAGCUCCUCCAGGCCACCGACUUCACCCUCUUCAGCUUGGCACCGGACACGGGCGAGCUGCGCACCCUCCGCUCCUUUCUGGAGCAGGAUGCAACCCGGCAGCGGCUGGUGGUGCAGGUGCGUGAUGGUGGGCAGCCAGCCCUCUCAGCCACCAUGUCCCUCCUGCUUUCGGUGGUGGAGACCAUGCCUCAGACUCUCUCUGAUUUCAGCGAGUUCAGCCUCCCCCCAGAGGCCUCCUCAUCUUCCCCAGUCACCCUCUACCUCCUGGUCUCCCUGGGCUCCAUCUCCUUCACCUUCCUCCUCGCCAUCCUCAUCCUCACAGCCAUUCGGUGCCGUGGAGAGCGCCACUCCCGCCAAGGUGAUGGCUGCUCACCACCCCGCUGCCACUGCUGCCCCGGGUCCAGACCCUCCUCUGAUGGCCUGAAGACAUCCAACCUAACAGCGCAGACCCCUGCAGGGACCACGGCUGCCACCUGCCUCGACGUGCCUGGGGGUGGCCCCCCGGGCUACUGCUACAAAGUCUGCCUUGGUCCUGAGUCUGCCCAGAGUGACUUCAUGUUCCUCAAACCCUGCAGCCCCCCCCGGAACAAUGAGAAGGACCCCGGGAAGCGGUCCCGGCCAGGCCAGCACCUCCAGGUCUCCAAGCAGAUCAACCAGCCCAGCGUGGACUGGCUGCCCCCAAGCACACAGCGACCUGCUCUGAAGAGCUCCCAGAGCCUAGAGGAUGUGGGGGAAAUUCGCAGAGCCCUCCAGAAGGAGCACGAGAGGCUGUGCACACUGGUGACCCCUGUCUCUGAGUUUCAGAAGGCUCCAGCAGGCACCACCAGCAUCUGGACACCACAGUACAGCUCCCUGUACCCGGGGCACAUCCCAGCUCUGGAUUAUCAGCACAAUGUCUACAUCCCCGGCACCCCUACUCUGCUCUCCAGCAAAGAUGGGCCCCUCUUCUUGGGCCGGGAGAACAAGAACAGCUUCUCCACCUUUGGCAAGAGGAAGAAGAUGACAACUUACUGUGACAUGCAUGACAGUGUGGUCAUCAACAACGACCUGAAAUAGUGACCAGGCCAUCCAGGCUCUGCCAAGGCCCUGGGAGUCACUCACAUUAUUUCAGCUGCUGGUCCACCUGCAGCACACAGUUCUGUGUAUGGACCACUCAGGACUUUGUGGAGCUGCUGAGACAUUGGUCCACAAGGGCGUGGGGAAAGGAUUUAAGGAGCAAGAGCCUGAGAAGCAAAAGGGAUGGGGAGGUGGGGGAGCGUUUCUCCCAUCUCAUCCUGCAGAGCUGUGUUAACAGCAGGUGCUGUUGGGGGUCCAUACAACCAGUUUUAAGCAAAUCUGCCUUGAGUUUAUCCAUUCCCACGUCCCUUUAGGGACUAUUCAUCUCUGUAAACAUUGUCACUUUUUCGUCUUGUCUGGCUGUGUGAAUGUACCGAGCUGCAUGCCUGUAUUUCUGUCCCAGUAGGCAUGGCAAACCUGAGCAGACCAAGCCUGGUUCAGUCAAGCCUGACCCUACGUUCUGGGGCAGUGACCAUUGCUCUGUCCCUGAGAUCCAGUGGGAUGUGUUGCAUGUCCAGAGCAGCCGUUGGUGUCUGGCUUCUCCAGAAAGUGAGUGCAAAACCCAGCCAUUGUCAGUGCUUCCCUUCAAACCCUGACCCAAGAUUUGCAGGACUGGGCACCCAAAGUCCAGGGCACAACCAGGGUCUAGGACAUGGCCAGUCUUUGCUCGGUGGGCAGCAUGGGCUGGAGCACACACAGAUUGGAUGGCCGGAAGAGCUGUUAGCUUAAGUAGCUCAAAGAUGCACCAGGUGAGGCCCUACUGGGUAACUCUCUAGCCCAAGGCAACAUCAUCUGAAGGAAAGAGAGUUUCCAGCCAUGGUAGGGGCCCCAGCACCGGUGACAGUCCUCUUCCCUCCUCCUCCUGCCCCCACCCAGAUCUCUGUUUUCCCCAAGUCCUGAAUGCCUAGGGGAAGCCCUGCAAUGAGGUCUCCACCUGCACAGGACAGACAUCUCCCACUGUGCCCUGCUUCUCUUUGAGGACUCUUAGUUGGCUGUCAGGAGCCCUCACGGGCAGGACUCCAGCCCCAGAACAGUCUCUCCCCCUGCCUUGCUCACCCUACACCUGUGCACCCGCUCUGUCUGCCAGCAUUGCCAAUCGCUCCUGUCACGGGACAGUUCAUUUCCAAUCCAUCUGUGCAGAACAUGACAGCUCUUUCUAAACUGAGUUUGUUUCAUGAUGUCUGA